AUGUCUUCCAAGUCGCAAUUGACAUACUCCGAGCGGGCCAGCAAGCACCCCAAUGCGCUGGCCAAGAAGCUCUUCGAGGUCGCUGAGGCCAAGAAGUCCAACGUCACGGUGUCCGCCGACGUGACGACCACCAAGGAGUUGCUGGAUCUAGCCGACCGCCUCGGUCCCUACAUCGCCGUCAUCAAAACCCACAUCGACAUCCUCUCCGACUUCAGCGAAGAAACCAUCACGGGACUCAAGGCCCUCUCGGAGAAACACAACUUCCUGAUCUUCGAAGACCGCAAAUUCAUCGACAUCGGCAACACCGUCCAGAAACAGUACCACCGCGGCACCCUCCGCAUCUCCGAAUGGGCCCACAUCAUCAACUGCAGCGUCCUGCCCGGCGAAGGCAUCGUCGAGGCCCUGGCCCAGACCGCCGCCGCCUCGGACUUCCCUUACGCCGCGGAGGGCCGCGGACUGCUCAUCCUCGCCGAGAUGACCUCCAAGGGGUCCCUGGCGACAGGCGCCUACACGACCGCGUCGGUCGACUACGCGCGGAAGUACAAGGAGUUCGUGAUGGGGUUCGUGUCGACGAGGGCGUUGGGGGAGGUCGUGUCGGAGAAUAGCGCGCCCGUGGACGGGGAGGAUUUCGUGGUGUUUACGACGGGUGUGAAUCUGUCGUCGAAGGGGGAUAAGUUGGGACAGCAGUAUCAGACUCCUGAGUCGGCGGUUGGUCGCGGGGCGGAUUUCAUUAUCGCGGGUCGGGGUAUCUACAAGGCGGAUGAUCCGGUGGAGGCGGCCAAGCGUUAUCAGGAGGAGGGGUGGAAGGCGUACUUGGCGCGUGUUGGGGGUAAUUAG